ACUCCAUGUAAGAAGUAUGUUUGAUCGUUCCUUUAUAUGACGCCAGGUGUCCAGGGUUAAUCUAUUCGUGACUGUUGCGUUUGUUUACAAUCAAAUCAGUCUGUGCAAAUACAAGAACAGCACAAUACUAUUGUUGCUACCUUUGUGGUCCAUAUAUUCGUUAAAUAGUUGGUUAAGUGACCGUCAGAGUGACUAGAUCACUAUUGAUGUGUAGUUUUACGUUUUCGUACGGUUUGAGCUUUUAUUUACUCAUUAUAAACGCGACGUAAAAAGAAUUAACGCGGUUGUUGACUCCAUUAUUUUUUUUUGAUGGUUAAGAAAGUCUAUAUUUAGUAUCUUUUAAGUUACUUGUGGUUGUUUACGUUGUUCAACGUCGUAAUAAAGUGACCUAUAUGAGAAAGUGUGUUUUUUCGAUGUCUAUUGUGUUUUCAAGUGAUUUUUUUGUUAUCAUUGUUUUGUUUUUUCGUUAUCAUAUGUGAGUUCCGUGAGUGUUAUUAUUAAUCAAUAUUGUUGCAUUGAUACCAACGAUAUACACGUGGGUGUUGAUCGUGUAAUUUAGAGCGGUCAUGUAUUGCUUUGAUUUAUUCUGGAAGUAGUGUGCACAAUUCUUAUUACUUGAGUCACUUUGUAUGUAUUUCUGGCGUCUCAUUUGUGUUCAAUAUCAUCAGAGUGUGAAGUACAGAAAAAUAAAUUUUUGAAAGACUCUGUAGGAUUGCUUGUGAUUAGUGAUAAACUAAAUAGAGAUUUAAUAAGUGCAUAUUGAUGUUGAUACUUGUAUCAUUAAAAUAGUUGUAGUGAUGUAUUAUAAUAAUCGAUCGAUCUUUUCUUGUGUUUUCUCAACGGAAGACAAGCACAAUAAACUUUUGACAUAAUUUUUUUAAUAAAACACGUUGAAAGACAUUGAUAUAAAUCGUGAAUAAAGUGUUUCUGCAAAAAACCUGUACAUCAUGGAUUACCGACUUUUGUCGAGUAACAACAAUAAUUAUCCUACCCACCACCAUUGGCUGCCAAAGAUGUGUUCCUGCCUCGAGAAUGUCUCAUUAUCGAAUAAUUAUACAUCAAGCUGUUCAAGGCGGUACGAUAGAAUAACGAGCAAUAUUUCUUCAUACAAAUUCCGUGAAUUGAUGCAACGAGCUAGACGUAAUGACAUUUUUGAUGAUACUUAUAUAGACAAUGAGCGGAAUGCAAAUAUUAAAUUUUAUAAUAUGGACGAGACAUACGUCUCAGUUACGGUGGAAAAAAAUUUACGAGUCAUAGAUCUCUGUGAACUGUUGAAAGUUAAAAAUCAAGUCACUGGGCCAAAUUGGUCGGUGGUUGAAUCUUGGACAGAACUUGGAAUUGAAAGAACUUUGGAGGACCAUGACGAUAUUCUUCAAGUAUAUAAGGAGAAAGAAUUGUUUGCACCUCAUACUGAAAGAAAGUUUUACUUCUUACCAGACAGUACCAAACAUGACUUUUUUUUUAACCCAGAGACUUACUUUCCAUCGGAAAUGAUCGUGGCUUCGAGUCCUGAAGAUCGGAAUAGUUUUCUCUGUAACUGUGAAGAUGCCAUUCGGGCAUAUCUAACUCGAAAUGACAUUGAACUUCCCAAAAUUAGCAGUGAAGCUUUAAUAUUCGACCCCGAUUUAAAUAGAUGGAUAACCGUCACAAUUCUUCUCGAAAAUCGGAAGCUCUACAUUUCAAAGACUGAUAGUAAUAUUCAACCGAAACAGCCUCUGGACAACGAGCAGCCGAUUUCGUUUGCACACUUGGCGGAUUAUCAAAUAUACAAGAUUCCGAACGCAAAGAAGUACUUCAACGCGCCCUUCCAGUGGGGCGCCUGUCUGAGGCCAUCCAGCAACGCUGAAGCCGAAGACACGGAAGCUGGAGUAUCCGGACUCAAGGUCAUCGCUUUCAACAGUGAAAAAUCACGCACUUGUUGGUUAACAGCCAUGAGACUCGCCAAGUACGGUAAACAGCUUAAAGACAACUAUCGAGCUUUCAAAAAUAAAAGUGAACCAACGACUGAUGCUAACAGUGGCAAGGAGCAAUUCAGGACGUACAAUGUCUCCAACGAAUCCUUUCGAUCAAGAGUGGCGAUGGACUUUACAGGAAGUGUUGGACGAAUAGUUGAAGACCCUAUGGAAGCACGAGCCAUCGCGGAAAGUGAAGGACUUUUAUGGAAGCAAACUUGGAGACCACCGCUGUCGAGGUUACGAUCCAAAUGUCCUGAAAUUGAUGACGGAGCACAUGCUAGCAAACCUUGGUUUCACAAAGCAGUUAAUAGAGAAAAAGCAGCAAUUCUCGUGAAAGCAUAUCGCAAAAUGAAUGGUGUAUUCCUUGUAAGAGAAAGCAGAAGUUAUCCAGGAGCUUUUGUCCUGACUUAUAAGUACAGCGAAAAAAUUUUUCAUGCUCAAAUACAGCGGACACGUGAUGAAAAAGGAAAUGGCAAUAUAUAUACUUUAGACAAUGGCGCAACAAAAUUCUUCGACCUUGUCCAAUUGGUAGAAUUUUACAAAUUGAAUGCAGGUUCACUGCCAACAAGACUGACUCUUUACGUGGACAACAAAUCACCAGUAUCAUCGAAAAGUAGUAGUGCCUCAACUUCUGUCUCAUCACCAUCGUCUAUAAAACAAUCUCGAAGUCCACGAAAGAAUGACAUCGAUCCCAAAACAUCACGCAGUUGAACCUAGGGAUUCCAGCCGUUCGCUGGGGUCAACGCAUUCGUCUCUAAGCAUUCUCCAAACAUCAAUGAAAUAAUUAUCAUCGACAGCGAAGACGAAGACGACGUAACUAUCAAUCAUAAUGACAUCCGUUCGACUCCAUCGGGCUGCUGGACUCUUUUUCGAGGCAAUUCCGACGAAUGGGACUCUUAAUUCCUCUAGUUAACCUACUUUUUUAGUUAUCAUUUCAAUGAUAAGUAAACUACACUGAUAUGUAGUAGAUGGAAAAUUUAUUCCACUUGAAUCAUCAAUAAUAACGAAAGAAAUCCCACCGUGCCAUUGAUAAUGAUAAAAAAAUUUUUUAAAAACUUGAAACAAAAAAAUUAAGUAUUUAGGGACAAUAGGGAUAUCAAAUAACAUAGAAAAAUAUCUUCAUUGUCACAUCGUCGUGGAUAGUGUCAAAGUAUUGAAUUUAAAAAAAAGAAAACUGACCAAUGAAAAUGUUCUGAGGCAUUUGAAAAACAAAAUUUUUUUAAUGAAAACUUGAGAGGCUUGUCUUUAAUUCAGAGACUUGUAGGCUACUUUGAGUGGCGAAUAUUCAAUUGUAUAAAUAAUUCUUUAUCUCGCCACAACUCUGAUAUGGAGGCAAUCAAUGUGAUUUCUAGAACUGCUUCAAGAAGGCGUUAUGUAUGCUAUUUUAAAUAAUAAGCGAGAUUUGCGCCGUUUUUUGAAUAUAAAACUGUUGAUGGAAUUUCAAUUAGUGAAUGAAAGCAAAUUUCGAAAAAUUCCAAAAAAAAAAAAAAUUUGUAUGUAGGUGAAAACAAAAAAAAAAAAACUGUCUUUUUCUAUUUUCUACAUGUUGUUUAUGCAACUAUUUAAUCCUCGACAUUCGCGAGGGAAAUUCGUGAGAAUGCAUCUGAAAGAGUAAAAAUAGAUUAUAAGCGUAUGAUUGUAUUUCUUUUUUUUUCUCUGAAAAACAAAUCUACGUGACUGACCAAUGCGCCAAUACUGCGUGGAUCAUAAAAUCAUCUAUUAUUGAAUUAAUAUAUAAUAAUUAUUGUUAACUCGAGAGAAUCUCAGACUUUUUAACUUUUUGGCAAAAGUUAAAAUUAAUCUGAAAAACAACAAAGCACAUUUUGCAUAUUUUUCCAUUUUUCUUCGAGUUAUUUUUGGAGUAUAAAGUGCUUUACUCUUGACUCAUACUUUUUUUGUAACAACCGAGAAGCCUUAAAUGUUAAAGAAAAAUUGUAUAAACAUUUUUUAUAAAUAUUUAUUAAUUCAUAUAAAAGGUUAACUAUUGAGUUAAUAUUCUUUAGAAAGUAUUUAUUUAUUAAUUUUAUCAAAUUUUAUUAUAAAAAAUUUUCCUAACAUUAACGUUAUUUUUCUUUAGCAAUUAAGUUCUUCAAGGCUUUGAAAUUUGUUUAAGUCAACAUUCUUUGGGAUGUAGAAGUCUAGAAAUGAGUUAUUUUCAAUGUUUUUUGUUUAAUUUAUUACGGGGUGUGCCACAAAGCCCAACGUCCAUCUGAGCUAUAUGGGGCGAGCUUAAUGAAAAAGAAACAAUUAUGAUACAUAAAUAAUUGUGAAAAAACAUGAACCAAAAAAGUAGUUCGAUUAUUCUGGUCUGUUUGAGGAGAUUACUGCGCCAAGUAAUACGGCCCGAUCUCGCAGGAGUGUUAAAAAUAAUUUGCAUUCUAAACUCAAUUGUAAGAUAAAAUGGACUGAGGGAAAUAUUAUAUUAAUGUGCGAAAGUUUUUGGAUGUAAUAAAAAUUAGUAAUUAAAAAUAGUAAAAAAAAAAUAUAAUAAUUUAAAAAUGAAAAGCAUAAAACCCUCGUAUUAUCGAUGGCGAAUAGAAAUUAAAAAAUAAGUUACUAAUUAGUGUGACUUGUUCAGAUAUUAAUGAUCUCAUAUGUUGCAGACGUUCUGGACGCGCGUUUGAUCUGUUAAUAGUUAAUAUACAGCAGCAAGGGGGAGGAAAAUUUUAAGUAUGAAUGAAUUUAAAUAAGUUAAGAUGAAUGGAAAUUAAAAAAAAAUACUGAAAUAUUAUAUAUAUAAAUAGAAUAAACUGAAAAAAAUGAAAAUGGAAAAGAGUAAAAUGCUAGUAAAAGAACGCAAUUGCAAGAGAGAUAAAUAAGAGUGAGAAAAAAUUUGAUAAUAAGUUUGGAAAAAAAUUUAUUUAAAAAAAAAA